CUCGAACCGAGCAGUUCCGAACAGUCUGUCAGUGACGGUGGUUUCGUGAACACGAUCAUUGUACCAGUCGCUUGGUAAACGUGUGCGCGCCGGUUGAAAAAAGUUGUUACACGCAGCCUCUACUGGCUCUCCUAGCAACGCGGUGUCGCCUAAAGACAAUGACUCCACGUUCCAGUGGUUAGAAGUAUCGAGCAAAUUACCGACAACCGUUCGAACCGUCUUUUUUUCUUGAUCGAGGCCAGACGGCCACACUACCUCUAGGAACGGCUCGACGUGUAUCGAUCUCGAGCAAGGCUAGCAGAACGGAGCUGCCAUCUCAGCGACUCCUCCACAUGUGGACAUCGCCGUCCCGACUCAGGAUCGGCCGAGCACCCAGGAAAAAGACGACACCUUAAGCUGAUAGCUGCCGCAGCAGCUACCGCGACCGGUGAAACAUGGACAACACCAAGAGAAAGCUGUCUUUCCUUGGCUUUGGUAAAAGGGUAUCGGUCGACGGCCAUGGCGCGGAAACGGGACCGGAGCUCGACGAGGAAAUGGAGAAGGUUUUCGCGAUGGACACCGGAGAGAAGUUCGACGUAGCCCUGCUCGGUUCACCCUCCGAAUCGGCUGGAUCCGAUCGAGAUCGAGAACGAGGACCAUCGUCGCGAUAUGGAGAUCGCGACUUCAACCAGCAUCGGAAAAGAAGCUAUCCCCAUCCGCACAUGCCCUUGAAAAGCCUUCAUUCCAGGUCUAUGCGACGACACCUUUCACCCGAAGGAUCCACGACGGAGGUUGGCCCGGAAGAAGAGAACGGCCAGGUGUUGACAGGAAAUGGCGGUGGACAAGAUACGGACACGAUGGACAACGGAUUGUACUCGUCGAGUGUGCACAACGUGGAUGAAGAGACGACCGAAGAAACGGAGAACGUAGCGAGCAGCGAGAGCGAGGCGCCGAUCUCGGAGAGGGCUGCUUCCGGUAUCAGCGACAGUCCCACCAUUGGCAGUCCGCGAGUACAAUUCGAAAAAAUCAAGGAAGAGGAGGUGCCUACCUUCAAAAGGGACGAGGUACCGAGCGUAGGUGUAGCUGUGAACCACGACGAAGAUCGCAAGUGUCGCAGGCAUCAGAAACACGAGCACAAAAGACACCAUCACAAGUCGCGCAAGUACUCGCUCCAAGAGGAUCCGCAAUGGAGGAAGCGAUCGGGAGCCGGCCUCCCGGAUGGCUCGAGCGUCUUCACCAGGAGAGUGAGCGUGCAACCGGAAGAGGCGAGUACCCUGCAGGAAUUGGACAUCGACGACCUGGAGUCGCACAGAAGCGACGAUCCGCGGGGAAUGAGGCGGCACAAGGCCGCCCAUUCGACGGUGCAGAUCGGCCGCAAAAAGGAAGGCGGCAUACCUCACGAUACUUUCAAGAAGAUGUACGACCAUUCGCCUCACGAGGUGUUCGUUCAGCUGGACGAACUGUACGGAAUGGGCGAGGAGAGAGAAUGGAGAGAAACAGCUCGGUGGAUCAAAUACGAGGAAGACGUGGAGGAAGGCGCGGACAGAUGGGGCAGGCCCCACGUAGCCUCCUUGAGCUUCCACUCUCUGCUGAACCUACGUAGAUGCCUGGAGACCGGCGUGGUCCUUCUGGAUCUCGAGGAGAAGGAUCUGCCCGGUCUGGCGUAUAGGGUAGUCGAGCAAAUGGUAAUCGAGGAGCUGAUUCUAGCGGAGGAUAGGCCGGUAGUGAUGAGAGCUCUGCUUCUCAGGCACAGGCACGUUCACGAUCACGAUCGUGGCUUCCGAUUUGGCGGCAAACGCAACUAUUCCAGCUACACCAGUCUACAGUCCGUCUGUCUGGAGGAAGAGGACGCUGAACGGGAAGCCUCUGAGAACCAUGUAACCCAACAUAACCUGAACGACACGAAACCAAAGAUCGUAUCGUCGAACUUGGCCUUGGACAGCAACCACACGGUGGUCGAUAUGAAGGAGGAGCUGACGUACACGAGCAGCAACGAGGACUUGAAAAAGAGUCACAACGACUACAUCCUGAAGAGGAUCCCGGCUGGCGCCGAGGCGACGGUCGUGCUGGUCGGCGCGGUCGACUUUCUGGACCAACCGACGAUCGCGUUCGUCAGGCUCGCCGAGGGUGUGUUCAUUCCAUCAAUCACGGAAGUCACGAUACCAGUAAGAUUCAUGUUCACGUUGCUGGGGCCGAGGAACGCUGACCUAGAUUAUCACGAAAUCGGUAGAUCGAUCGCCACGCUGAUGGCCAAUACGUCGUUCCAUAAAGUCGCGUACAAAGCAAACGAGAGACGCGAGCUUCUGUCCGCGAUCAAUGAAUUCCUAGACGACUCGAUCGUUCUGCCUCCUGGAGAUUGGGAGAGACAGGCGUUGUUACCUUUUAACGAGCUGAAGGCGAAGAGCGAAGCCAUAAGGAAGCGGAAGGCCAAAGCGCUCGAGGACAAGACCAAACAGAUUCAGAACGAGAUGGCUGUGAAGAAAGCUCUUCUUGCCGGCGAAGAAGAGAAGAAACCUCCCGAUGACGACGAUCCGCUUCGAAGAACCAGACGUCCGUUCGGUUGCCUCAUCAACGAUAUCAAGAGACGCUAUCCUUACUAUCUGUCUGAUUUCACCGAUGGCUUGAGUUCGUCUUGCCUCGCAGCUGCUAUCUUCAUGUACUUCGCGGCCCUCUGCACGGCCAUCACGUUCGGUGGCUUGAUGAGCGACAAGACGCACAACGUUAUCGGCAUCUCCGAGACAUUGAUUUCUGGCUCGUGGACCGGGGUGGUGAUGGCUUUGUUCUCCACUCAGCCACUGGUCAUCAUCGGCACGACCGGCCCCUUGUUGCUCUUCGACGAAAGCUUGUACAAUUUCUGUCUCGCGAACGGACUAGAAUUCCUGACCGUGAGAGUCUACGUCGGUAUAUGGAUGGGCAUCAUAGCCUUGGCGAUUGCCUGCGUGGAGGGAUCCGUGCUGGUCAGACUCUUCACCCGGUUCACCGAAGAGAUCUUCACGGGCUUAAUCUCUAUUCUUUAUAUCGUUGAAACGUUUAUCAAAUUGUACAAUUACUUCGUGAAGAAUCCGCUGCUAGACGAGUACAGUUUCAUCCCCGAGACGAACGAAACGUUUUACGAAGAGCUGAACGUAACAGAGAUCAAGGUCGUUUCCCCAAAGACCGGCGAAAUAAUUAGCAUUUCAUCGGACAAACCUCAAACUCUGAUACCAUCGCAUAACGCCGCUGGCUUAUUAAUGAACCAACCAAACACGGCCUUGAUGUGCACUAUUUUGUGUCUCGGUACUUUUCUCGGUGCUUAUUACCUGCGUAUCUUCCGCAACAGUCAUUACCUCGGACGAAGUGCUAGAAGAGCUUUCGGUGACUUCGGCGUGCCCAUCAGUAUUGUCGUAUUCGCGUUGAUCGAUUAUCUGGCCAAAGUGAAGACGGAGAAGCUACUGGUUCCGGAGGGUUUAACACCGACUAUGCCCGAUAGGGAUUGGAUCGUGUCACCAGCUGGCAUACAUAAACCUAUUCCUCUAUGGAUGGCUAUGGCUUGCAUCGUGCCGGCAUUGUUGGUUUAUAUUCUUGUUUUCAUGGAGACUCAAAUCUCCGAACUCAUCAUCGAUAAGAAAGAACGUAAAUUACGGAAAGGUAACGGGUACCACAUGGAUAUAGUGGUAGUGUGCUUAAUGAACGUCGGCUGUGGUUUAAUGGGCGCCCCGUGGUGUUGCGCUGCCUCGGUUCGAUCGCUGACACACGUCUCGGCGGUGACGGUUAUGUCUCGCACUCACGCUCCCGGAGAUAAACCGCACAUCGUCGAAGUGAAGGAGCAACGAGUGAGCGCCCUAUUAGUCGCCGUGUUGAUCGGCAUAAGCGUGUUGAUGGCGCCGCUUCUACGACGCGUACCAAUGUCCGUCCUUCUGGGGGUGUUUCUCUACAUGGGUAUCUCCUCGACGAACGGUGUCCAACUGUUCGAUCGUGUGAAAUUGUUUUUCAUGCCGGUGAAACACCAUGGCACGGCUAAUUACGUUCGGCGCGUACAAACGUACAAGAUGCACAUCUUCACCCUCGUACAAAUUCUGUGCCUGGCUAUACUGUGGAUCGUGAAAAGUACCAGGGCGGCCUUGGCGCUUCCGUUCUUCCUGAUUCUCAUGAUACCUCUACGAGCUCAGAUGAGGCAUUUUUUUACCGCCGCAGAGCUAAGGGCACUCGACAGCAAAGGAUCGGAACACGAGAGUACCGAGGACGAGCCAGAUUUCUACGAGGAAGCUCCGUUACCUGGUUAGAUAGUGCCUUAUUCGACUUGUCCAACAAAUACUUCCCCUCUUUCCUCCUCUAUCCCCACGCCCGCAUCGUUUUCUUCUUCUCCCUUCUGUCCAAAGGAUCUAUUCGUGCUUUCUGUUACUUCCAAUUCCUGUCACGUAUCAGAGCGACUCUGAAUACUAUCGCGAAUUCUUGAAAAAAAAAGAGUCUAUUUUCGUGAAAGAGCAAAUAUGUAUGUAUACCAAUGAAUUAAGAGGGAACGUAGAUAAGAGAUAAAUAAGAGGGGUCUGAUUCCCAACGGUGGUGUUAACUCGUUAAAUUCGUAAAGAUUAUUUUGUACUACAAAAUUUGUAAAUAAUCGAGGAUGAUGUGAACAAGAUGAAACGAAAAGAUGUGUUAUCACGCCUGCGUCGGAUAUGUGUAGGUACUUGAACAACUAAAUUUUAUCAAAUCACAACCAUCGAGAGUCAUUGCUUCAGUUUGGAUACAAACUAAUUAGAAUCGGUAUAGUUUGUUGUCGAAGAAAGUUCAUUUAUUACGGAGUAGGAAAUAAAAUGCAAGCGACAUUCGAUACCUACAUACUAUCUAACAUAAUCGUAGUGGAAACUUCAAGAUUCGUUUCAUCUUCUUUUCGACUUGGUGGGAAAAAAGGUGCCUCUGAAUGCCUCUACACAGGACGGUGAUGAACGACACGUUGCUCAGGAAAAUUUAGGCGUAAAGGCACGAGAUGCGAGAGUGCCAAAUCAAAAGGUCAUAAAUUACAAAAUGGUGCUGGUCCGUCUAUGCAGAGCUAACGUAGACGAAUGAAAACUAAAUCUUUUAUAAGGAAAUGUUCGAAUAGUUGUCAUUAGUUGCUCUCAUCGACCGAUAUUAAAAGUCUUACAUUACAAUUUGUUUAGGACCGUAUCUCGUUAGCACGACGUGCGAAGAAUUACAAUCAUUUAGCAAUAUCCGUUAAAUAUGUGCUCCAAUAUUAAUCACUAUUCCUAGAUGAAAACGAUAUUUUAUAAAUAACUUAAAAACGAACUUGGAUGUUACAAACGUAAAUAACGACAGAUUUCAUUAUAUUUCGACUAUAUGUACUUAAACGUCAAAUUUAUUGUUCUGCCAAUUACAAAUCGAUUCUUUUCCCAUGGAAAAUUUUCUUCUUUCGUGAAAAUGUUUCCAUAAAUAUGUAGUUUCUUAGACAGUAGAAGUUAUAUUCGUAUGCCAUUGGCAACACUUUAAGUCAAUCCCUCGUAUUAUAAAUAAGAGUAAAAAUGCGGCAGUAGAUUUUUACGCAAUAAAAAAUAUUUAUACAUUUGUCUGUAUUGCAUGAUUAGUUCUAUUAUAAUUCUUUUUUACUAUAUUUUUGAGUGAUAAUGUCGUACGACAUUGAAAAUUUUUAAUAUCUUUUUCAUAUUUCUUGUUCGCUGAAUAUAUUUGAUUCUAAAAAUAGCAUAAAUUUAUUUAAGCAAACAAAGAACUACUCCAAACACACAUCUAGAGAAGCAUCGUGUAACAUUGUUAGAUUCAGGAAAAGAAUAUUUUGAUUAGUAGAGUAGGGUUAAAAGAACUCUACAUAUUUCUGAGAAAGCUUAGAUCGACUUUAAGCCAUUUUUACAUAUUUCAAACAGAGUUUGUUUAAAUUUGUCGUCGUAUAUUUAUUUAAAAAUAAUAUAUAAGCAAAAUUAACAUUGACGAGACCUAACUGCGCCAGUGGUGAAGUCUUUAAACGUUCGCCUUUACUUAUAUACUUUAUUUCAUAACUGAUCAGUAUUGGCAAUUAUUUUGUGGUGAUUGUUAAUUUUACAAUAAUAGUUGAUGUUACAAAUGAAUAAUUUUUAAACUUUAAACAAGACCAAGCUAUAAUAAUAAUAAUAAUAAUGAUAAUAAUAAUAAUGUCAUCGUAUGUUGAAUACAUGCAAUAAAAAGAAAUUACUAAAAUUAAUAUUUUAGAUGCUGUUAUAAAAAAAAGAAAGACAUUCUAUUUUAAUCGGUUAAAAUAUUUUGCUAAUCCGCUGAAGUACUUUAUUAAAUAACACUCAGACCUAAUCUUAAUAUUUCCAUAAAGAAAAAAUAUAUAUAAUCGCAUUACUUAUUAUUUGUUUAUACAAAAGUACGAAAGCUACGAAUCAACAAUAACAUUGCGCUGCAUAAUUGUGAUAGAGGGCCAGAAUUGUAAAAACACACGGUAGUAGUACUUACGAGCAUGUACUAUUAGCAUGAAAUAACACAGAAUUUCAUUAGAUAUGUCUAGACAUUAACAUGUUAUUAUAUACAUACUACUGAUAUUACCUAUAUUGAAAGAUUAUCAUGAUAAGUAUGAAUUGUUAUGAAUUCAUAAAAGAAUUGUAAAUAAUCUAGUUGUCAUACAGUAUUAAAAAGUAAUAAUUAGUAAUAGGCUCCUAUUAGAUGGUUUAUGCCUUAUAUUAGAAAACAAACAAAUAAAACAUCUUAUUUCCCCUCCA